CUCACACGACGACCUUCCUUCCAGUAUGUGAAAUUCACUUUGCUUAUAAAAUAUUUAGUUGUGUCACAAGCAAACAACACUGCGGGCUGACCAGUUUGUAAAAGUAAUAAGAAAAUGAAUAAGUGUUUUAUUUAUGUAUUAAUUUACUCGACAUGUGUUAUAAAUAUGGUGCUAUUAGAAUCUUUAACCCUAGACCAGAUUAGAGUUCCAGAAACUACUUCAUCAGUUUUGCAUUGUUAUCAAUGCAAUCCUGCUACACAGGAAUGUGAGGACAACAAAGCAGACGUUAUAAAAUGCGGUUCAAUGUCGAUAUUUAGAUGCAGCAGACAAGUGAGAAAAGAUUCACCAGAUAAAUCUAAAGCUCUCAGAAAAUGUGUAAUCGCAGAUCGAGACGGAUACGUUGGAUGUCCAAAUGAGUAUGAAUGCUUCAACUGCAAUCAGAGUUUGUGCAAUGCGAACCCCAUUGUUACUACUACAUCUUUGUCAAGCUCAUCACCGUUGAUUACGAACUGUAUUUGGCCAGCUGUGGUUUCUGCAAUAUUUGUAGUUAUUUAUUCGUAAUGAUAUUGGGUCAGUUAUAUUUUUUAUUUAACGUCGAAAGUUAAGAAAAUUCGAAAAGGGUACUCAAAAGUGCUAGUCAAUACUGUAGCUUUAGAAAUAAUUUUAAGAACGUUGUCGUGGUUCAAUUAAGUUUUAUUAUUCCACUGUUGUGCGUAUUUUUCAAUAAUAAUUCGCCAUAUUUCAUUUUUGUUUGUUUUGUUAUGUUUGUUUUUAUAAUGGUUUGUUUACUAUUUGUACAUAAUUCUUACUGCCAGUUUUAGAAAUUA